AUGCCAAGUAAACCUAAAUCCGGCCCUGGCCCCCGACCUGAGAGCUGCUUGACGUGUAGGCAGAGGAAGAAAAAAUGCGACAAGACUCGACCGUUUUGCUUGCGGUGCUUGAAUUCAAAGGGGGCAUUUCCGUGUUUGGGGUAUGGCGAUGAAACGUACGAGCCCCCAACCGACAAACCGUCCCUUGAAGAGCGCGUGGUGAAUACCUCUGGAGCGAACUUGCGUCCGCUUGUCUUCGGAGUAGAGUUUGGGGACGCAGUUCCCGAGUCGAGUGCAAAGGUUGUUUACUACGGGACGCGUGUGUCGGCGUCGGACAUAAACGACUACCUUACUCCUGCGGUCAUCUCGCUUACCGACCGUAGCUCUCCCGAAAGCUCGCUAAUGAGCAUUGCAUCAUCGAUGCAUCAUCCAGUGCAAGACGCAGACUGGGAGCCAGGUGUAAGAAGCCAUGGGUCGGAUAAUGCUAUCAGACUAUCGCUGCCUUCGAUGAUUCCACGUGGGGUGAACGCUAACAGGUGGAUGAGGGAGAGCUACCUGACGUUCAUUCUGGGAGAAUAUUAUAGACACCGAAUCCUCAAGUUUUUCAGACCUCCCACUAAGGAAGGACCGGGACACCUCAUCGCGAAUUUAAGCCGACCUCGAAGACUUGGAUAUAUGUACCUUGGAGCUAAGAUAUUCGAAACCUUUGUAGGAAAACCAGAGGAAAUGGCCAUACAGUCGAGCUCCCAGUGGGUGACGCGGUACGCGAAUCAUGUAACAAGCUCAGAAGAGCUCCAGAACCCGUUCCCAUCAGUGAAAGAGGUAGAGGAUAGGUUGAGUGGGCUUCUGCACUUAGGUCUCAUACAACUUAUUGUCCUCGGCACUGCUGCGGCGUACAAUACUCUGCGUCUCGCGCUGCCCAACGCCCUCCGCCUUGUAUCGAAUUACCCAGAUCAUUGGGCCAAAGAAGAACGCAACGGACUUCUUUGCAUAUCUCUGCCAUCAGUCCUGACCUCAUUUCAAGCCGACCUUCAGAGAUUCGUGUACCAAGAUAUCGUGUAUUCGCUCAUACUCGGGGUUCCAACACAGGCUGAAUACGACUCGACGGAACUGCCAACCGCACCUGGGACAAACAUCUCGGCUGAUUGGUUUCAUGAUGUGCAGGGUGCACCCGCUGAAAUGGUUAUCAUUAUCUCCGAGGUGCACAAUUGGCGCGCCCAAGUUAAGAGUGCAGACUGGCGCGAGCUGGAAAUGAGGGCGUGGGCAUGGAAUCGAGCGGAUACUCGGUACGAAGAGUCAAACCAACUGAUAUAUCGCACUGCGAUACAGGAAGCCUGGAGACAUGCAACGUUAAUUUAUAUCUAUAUGGGUAUGUGUGGGGUAACUUCUCAUGAUGCCAGAGUUCAGGCCUCCGUGUACCAAAUCGUCAAAUUAAUGGAAGUGGUGGGAGAUACGACUAUGGACGUACACUUCUCGAUCACAUCCCUCGUAGCCGGGAUAUCAGCCCGAUACGAGACUCAGCGAGCACUCAUUUUCCGAAAGCUCAGGUCUUUCAGUGGAAUCAGGUUAUGGGCGAUUCAAGGCCGAGAUUUCGCGCGAGUUUUAGAUUCUCUGUGGCAUAGUGCCGCUAUAUAUGGCGGCGCAGUCGUGUGGGACGAUUACCCGAGUCAAAGUUUGAACGUGCCCGAGGACCCCGAAGAAUGUGCCUCUAUUUGCAUCGAGGCAGGUUUAUUUUACGGAAUGGCUCAACAUGUUACAAACGAUCUUCUUGGCCCAAUAGACGAAUAUGUCCCAGCAGUGUUUUCGCGAGCGAGUUCGAAUCCUACCCUGGGAGUUCGAAGUGUCCCACCCGAGGCGGCAAGCUUGAGGUCCCACCAUUCCUCGGUGUCGGGCAAGCGCCCACACGUGAUGAAACUAGAGUCUGGUCAUGACUACGAGGUUAGUAUGUCAUCUACUGAGGAUUCUGUCUUGUCUGACUUGCGGAGUGAACUUCCCAGGAGAAAGAAGUGCGACCGGACUAGACCGGUCUGCGAGCGUUGUACCAAGGGCCGGUUUAAGUGCCUUGGGUAUGAUAACGACCCUCUGGAGAGCCCAUUAACGGAGAAAGUGUUUGGAUCAACAAGGACACUCGGGCGCUUAGAUAUAAAUGACCCUGCCCCAACGCCAAGGUGUGUGGAAACACCGAGUGCAACUCGGGCUGUCCAGAACCAGUCGUCUAGUCGACUCACCGGUCCUAAUGCUUUGUCCCGAAAUUUGGAUGAUGUACCUUCAGAGGAUGCAAAGUCACGUCUAGAAUCGUUUAACGACUCCGAAAACUCGAUCCUGAGUGCAGGCGCUCUGGAACUCAUGGCCAAGUCACUUUCAAAACCACAAGGUCUAUCAACUUUGGCUCAGGAACUUCGAGCAUUCGAUGGGGUGUGGCCUCAGGAGCAUUCACAAAGCCUCGUUCGAGCGAGAACAUUUGACCCGGGUAUAGGUGCCACUCUCCCCCUGGUAAUUCAAGCUGAGAUACCCCGUUCCUUGAACGUAAACGCGCGGAUGCGGGAAAGUUAUUUCACAUUUAUCUUAUCCGAAUACGAGACACAUCGCCUCCGUAAAUUCUUUCGGUCACCUCCUGUCCCAAUAAGCCGUGGUUUGGCCCAGCGUAUGAAGCGUUCCAAUAAAAUGCUUGGAUUCAUGUACCUCGGUGCCAAGGUAUUUGAAGUUCUUACAGAAAAACCCAAAGAUGCCGCUUCGGAUUGUUGCAAGAAAUGGAUUGCCAACUUCGAUCGACAAGUUAUGGGUCGCGCGUCUUCGAGCCCUUCGCUCCAAGAAUCAGAAGAUCGGCUUACAGGAUUAUUGAAGUAG